AAGUAUCUCGACUUCUAUUAAAAAUAAAUGAAUGUUUUUUUCGUCCGAAGCGAGACAAAUGACCAAGCUUUAAGAUGAUACCAAUACCUCAACAUACCCAAAUAUUGACAAGAGCCUGAUUCCACCAUGCUGUGACACAUAUGUGUAUUUCGUACUGUGUACAGAAUCGAGAAUAUGUAAUACAUGUGAAUAACGUCGUAGCUUGCAUCUGUCUCAUCGGCAGAGUGGAGAACGUUCGCAUCCAGCGCGAUUCGGAAGUGGCACAGCUCCAGGAGCGAGUGUCUGGGUUCCAGUCUCAGUUUGAGGUGGCCAGCGAGGAGAGAGAGGCCAAUGUGAACCAAAUCAAUGCGCUCAACAAAAAACUGUUGGAGGCUAACAAGGAGAAGGAGGCCGCUUACCGCAAGUGUCUGAAAGAGGUGGCGCUGAUGGAGCAAGACCAGCAGGUGAAGACGCGCGACCUUGAGAUCCGUCUGCAGACGACAGAGGACACGAGACAGCAGACGGUCUCAGAGCUAAGGCGCCUGCUCACUGCGCAACAGAGGAUGAGUGCCAGGUGGAAGGAAGAAUGCCAAACCAUCAGGCACAAGUUUGAGGGGAAGCUCACGGACUGCCGGGCCGAGAUGUCGCACGUGAAGAAACGCAACGAGGAGUUGACCUCUCUGCUCAAGGACAGUCAGGCGAAAACGGCUGAGGUGAGUGCAGACACAGCCAUCCUCCACGCUCUCAAAUACACAUGA